UCCACGGGUAUGUCAUGAUUGUACUCAUGCCUGGUAUUAUUUGACCAUAUCACGUAUCAACAUUGUUGGCUGUGGUGGACGUGACAUAACUAACAAGGUGGCCAGGGCGCAGCUUGUCCAGUGACCGAUGGCCUGGACGUGGUGUGACCCAGGGCGGCUGCCCGCAUCCUACCCCGUCUAUGCCACCCUCUGUUUGCUGUCGCUCACCUCCGUGGGCCAGGGCACUUUCCGCAAACCGGUCAUGCCCCCGCUGGUGGAAGGGCAGCCCUUCCAGGUCUACUGGAACGUGCCCACGGCGCGCUGCAGCUCCCACAAAGGCGUCAACCUGCACUUGGACGACUUUGGUAUUGUAAGCAACAGAAAUGAGAGGUUUGUUGGAGAGAAAAUCACGAUAUUUUAUUCUGAGCGUUUGGGGAUUUAUCCUUCUUAUUACGAUGAGGAUCCCGAUAAAGGGGGGCUCCCCCAGAACAUGAGCCUGAAGGAUCACCUGCGUCAGGCCAGGGUAGACAUCCACAACUUCCUAUCCAAGGACUACGCGGGGAUGGCGGUGAUAGAGUGGGUGGAGUGGCGCGCCCUGUACGCAAGGAACACGGGCUCCAGGGAUGUCUACCAGGCAAAAUCACAGGAGCUUGUCCGGGGGAGGAACCCCCGAUGGAACCAAAGCCAGGUCGAAGCUGAAGCUAAGAAUGAGUUUGACCAGGCGGCUAGAAUCUACAUGAGCUCUUCCCUGAGGCUGGGCCAGUCGAUGCGACCGAAGGCCUACUGGGGAUUCGCACUCUUCCCGGAUUGCUACAACGGCAACUACGGGGAUGAGUUCACCACGUACGACGGCCACUGCCCAGAUAUCGAGAUCAAGCGCAACACUGAGCUGACGUGGAUGUGGACUCAGAGCUCUGCCCUCUUCCCGUCCGUCUACUUGGAGGAGGCACUCCAUUCAGAGCGCGGCAAACUCUAUGCCAGAUACCGGAUAAAGGAGGCCAUACGUGUGGCUUUGCUGACCAAAGAGGAAUUCGCUCCGCCCGUUUACAUCUACUGCCGCUCCCACUACAUAAAAAGCAGAACCCUCACGCCCCUCAAGGAGAUUGAUCUGGUCCGCACUCUGGGCGAGAGCGCAGCGAUGGGGGUGAGCGGAGCCAUUCUGUGGGGGUCCAUCGACUUCUCCAGAACCAAGGCAAGCUGCCAGGCCGUGCAGAAACAAAUGCAGAAUGUGUUGGGGCCGUACAUCCUGAACCUGACGGCGGCCGUGCGGACCUGCAGCUUGACACUGUGCGCCAACCACGGCCGCUGCUUUCGCCGCAACGCCGAGCAGGAUGUGUUCCUGCAUUUGAACAGCAAGUCGUUCCGCAUCCUGAAGCGCAGCAAGGCGGGCGGCGGCAAGGUUUACAUCAAGGGCCGGGCCAGUCUGUUGGACAAGAGGGAUUUCAAAUCCUACUUCCAGUGUCAGUGUUACCGGGGCUGGAACGGCGUCCGAUGCAGCCGCUAUAGAAAGCCCUCCGCGUCCUGCCGAGCCGAGACCUCCCCGCUCACACUUGUCCUCGUCCUGCUCCUGAGCCUUCUCCUCAUAUGA